AUGGGCGCGGCCACUUCCAAGGACAUGGCGGCAGCCACACUCGUCCUGUUGCCAUUCAAUGUCAUAACCUUGGUAAUGCGAUUCUGGAUUCGGGUGCAGCGAUCUGCCUGGGGUGCCGAUGACUGGGCCAUGGUCGGAACCAUUCCCGUUUGGCUGAUCUCACAGGUAGGCCUCUUAGGCAUGGCCUGGAGCGGUAUUGGCCAACUCGACUCGACGCUGUCAGAAGAACAGGUGGUCAACUCUCUCUUCUGGUUCUACGUCUUCCAGGAGUUCUGGUGCUUCACCCUCGUCGCGCUCAAGUGGUGUAUCGGCUUCACCCUUCUGCGCAUCGCCAGCGACACGCGCUGGGUGAAAUACGUCAUCUACUCUUGCCUGGUGCUCGUGACCAUUUGCACAGGCGGCACGGGGAUGUACCUGUUCUUCCAAUGUUCCCCUGUCGAGAAGAACUGGCACACCUCCCUCGCCGGCGAGUGCAAGCCGCGCGAGAUCCAGACGGCGCUUUCUUUCCUCGUCGCAGCGGUCUCCAUCACGACAGACUGGAUCUUUGCCGUCCUGCCCUUCGCCCUCCUGUGGAAGCUACAAAUGGCACGUCGCGUCAAGGCAUCCGUCAUCGGCCUCCUCGGUCUGGGAUUCUUCGCCUCGAUUGCUCCCAUCGUCCGCCUGAAGUACCUCCUCCUGAUGAACGACAACACCCGCUUCCUCGAGGCUCUCGGCAUCAUCCUCGCCUGGGCCCAGGCCGAAGUCGGCAUCGGCAUGCUCGUCGCCAACCUGCCCGCCUGCCGCCCUUUGCUCGAGCGGACAUUCUCCAUCAUCACGGGCUCCCGUAGCGGCAGCAGCGGCGGCGGGGGUGGCCGCGGCAAGGCCGGCGGAAGCGGCGUGACGGGCGGGAAAUACGGCAUCUCCGGUAGUGGCCGUGCUGGUGGUGGAGGCGGCAGCGGCGUUGGCGGUGGUAGUGUGGCUGGGAGCGGGUACUUGGGCGAUGCGCACGGCAUGCCCUCGUCAAUGAAGAACAGCUACAUGGAGCUCGAGGAGCGAGACACCGGCGGGAAGAAGGGCCCGUUUAGAAGCCACAAACAUGCCGCCGGGAGGACGAGCCAGUACGGCACCGAAACCCGCGUGUAUGGUCGGGACAUGGCUGGCGACAGUAGCAGCGACAGCCUCGCGGACGACCAGAGUCAGAGGCACAUCAUCCCCAGUGGCGGUGGUGGUGGCGGAGUCAACACUGGCAACGGGGAUCAUCAUGCGAAGAAAGGCAGCAAGAAGCUUGGCAGUGUUAGUGGCGGCAUGGGGGCCAUUGUGGUCCAGCGCCAGGUCGAUGUGACAGGCAGUCCGGCACAGGAACACGCUGGUUUCCAUGGACAAUGA